GCGGCGCACUGCGCAGGCGCGAGCGUUUGGGUCUCGCCGCGCGCGGCGCUCGGUUGUAGCGGGAGUGAGUUCCUGGGCGCGGAGACCCGGCAGCGGGUGACGGAGCGAGGGGGUGACCGACCGCCUCCCCUACCGCCAUGGCAGCCCUGCGGUACGCGGGCCUGGACGACACGGACAGCGAGGACGAGCUGCCCCCGGGCUGGGAGCAGAGAACCACCAAGGACGGCUGGGUUUACUAUGCCAAUCACACUGAAGAGAAGACCCAGUGGGAACACCCGAAAACUGGAAAAAGAAAACGAAUAGCGGGAGACUUGCCGUAUGGAUGGGAGCAAGAGACCGAUGAGAACGGACAAGUUUUUUUUGUCGACCAUAUAAAUAAAAGAACCACCUAUUUGGACCCAAGACUGGCGUUCACUGUGGACGAUAAUCCUACAAAGCCGACCAGCAGACAGAGAUACGACAGCAGCACCACCGCCAUGGAGAUACUCCAGGGCCGGGAUUUCACUGGCCAAGUGGUUGUGGUCACCGGAGCCAAUUCAGGCAUAGGGUUUGAAACUGCCAAGUCUUUUGCCCUCCAUGGUGCACACGUGAUCCUCGCCUGUAGGAAUAUGACAAGGGCCAAUGAAGCUGUGUCACGCAUUUUAGGAGAAUGGCACAAAGCCAAGGUAGAAGCAAUGACCCUGGACCUCGCUCUGCUCCGUAGCGUGCAGCAUUUUGCUCAAGCGUUCAAGGCCAAGAAUGUAUCCCUUCAUGUGCUUGUGUGCAAUGCGGGGGCUUUUGCUCUCCCCUGGAGCCUCACCAAAGACGGCCUGGAGACCACCUUCCAGGUGAAUCACCUGGGACACUUCUACCUUGUCCAACUCCUUCAAGAUGUCUUGUGCCGCUCAGCUCCUGCCCGAGUAGUUGUGGUCUCCUCAGAAUCCCAUAGAUUCACAGAUAUUAACGAUUCCUCGGGCAAACUGGACUUCAGCCGCCUUUCUCCAUCUAAAAAUGACUACUGGGCCAUGCUGGCUUACAACCGGUCUAAGCUGUGCAACAUUCUCUUCUCCAACGAGCUCCACCGCCGCCUGUCCCCGCGUGGGGUGACGUCGAACGCCGUGCACCCUGGAAACAUGUUGUAUUCGUCCAUUCAUCGUAACUGGUGGGUGUACACGCUGCUGUUUACGUUGGCCAGGCCUUUCACCAAGUCCAUGGUAUUUUACAGCCCCAGCAUUUCUAGGGAACGCUUUGGAAUACUUCUGGUCCGGUUUGUCCAUAAAAAGCCGUCUGUGUUCUUAUGUUUUGAAAAUACAUGCGGACAAGCCCCGAGCAUGUCGUAUUAGGGAUCUUUGCCUCGAGGAAGAGGCACAGGACAUCAAUGUCCCCCACGUCCGCCACCCUCACCCCCCUGGAGCCCUUGGAGAAAUGUCCUGGUGCCGCUUGUAGCCAAAUCAGCAUUGCCCUUCGUGAUCUACGUGCACUACCGUUUGGGGCACGUUUGAAUGAUAAUGCUGUAGGGGAAACACCGUCUGGCUGUGCUGUCGGCUGCUGAUGCCACUCCCAGGUGCCCAGGAAGCUGAGCUGCCCCCGCCACUUGUCCCAGAGCCUCACCUCGCCUAAUAAGGCGUGGGGGGCCCUCUGAGCUCUCACCUGUUCGGACAAAACAAGACGACCCAGCCCUGGAACUUGGACACAGCAAAGUGCUCCCAGGACCAGGGUUGGCCAACUCUGCCCCGACAUCAGGGUGUCUUGUCUGUUGUGGCAGGCUCUGUGCCCGCCCUGGUGUUUAUGUCCCGCAUCCGUUUUUGCCUCAGAAGCAACAACAAGACUCAGAUCAUAAUAACGUGGCUCAUCUCCCAUAAGUCCUGGAAAGCUGGCCACGGCCUCCGUGUCAUGGGAACAGCAGACAAGCCGGCGGUCCCGGUGGAGGUGGGGAGAAAGCAGAGCGUGGAUGCUGCUGCUGCGGCUGCCAGGGACCUCUCUCGGCAGGGCUGGUGUCGGUGCUGCUGUUCUCCCGUCAGAAGGGGCCCGUGCCCUUCCCACCGUCUCCUUUGUCUCUGUCAAGCCCACCCGGUCUCCGGGAACGCAGCUAUUUAAUUAUCGGCUGCCGUUACCUCUCCGUCACGGAUCUCCCGACUGUGUUCACGAGUUUCUCCCUGUCGAAGAGAACAAUAAGCGGCUUUUGUCAGCACGAUCUCUCCCGAAAGGGUGUGCGUGCGUCUGUGUGCCUGCACGAAGCGGGCACCAUUUCCGGCGUGCACUGGAGCCCUCCCCUCACGUCGACCCAGGACCCCACGGACUCCCGGAACUGGCAGAGAUUGCGUGACCCGCUCGUUAAACGUGGACACUGUUAAACCUCGAAUUGUGUAAACGUACCGUUGAAGAAAUUACAUUCCAAACCAAGUUAUUAAAUACUCAAAGCUCAAUACUUCCUGGUCGUUUUACCACCUUUGACUUUAACUGCCUGUGCUCUUGAGGUCAACUGAGAUCUGUUUGUCUCCGUAUGGCAGGAACACUCUAGAAUGGAACGCGCCCGCUCGACUCUCCACAGCCCUGCGUUCAGCGACUUCCUCCGGGGAGCCUGAAAGCGGCUGUGGUCGGGAGCAUUUACACCACGGAAAUUGGCAAAAACUACAAAUCAAGGCUUCAGGCGUUUUGUUGAGAUCAUCUUGGCUUGACAAAGUAAUCGCAACGUUCAUAAUGCAUUUCACAUUUAAGUACUGUGUCUGUAAUCGUUAUGUUAUGAAUGUUAUUUUUUAAGUGAGGAUGUAUUCCUUCCGUAUAUCGAAAAACCUGUUAUCUAAUUCAGCAAAGAAGUUGCUGAUGCCCCUGAAGAAUGAAUAAAGUUCCAAGGUACGUCUCUCUUGAUUGUUUCCCUUUCGUCUUACCAGCUAACUGAAAAAUAUCAACCGAUAUUUAUAUCAGACAUCACUUACUCAUCACCUGCAACUUGCCUGUGGAUUCAAGAGUUCGGCAAAAAUCAAUGAAAGCACUGGGUGAGAAUCAAUUGGGUCCGUGGCCUUUGUAAUAAAGAAUAUUGUGUAUUUUUACUUGCAAAUUCCGCUCCAGCAUCCUUCCUUUCUAUCGGCAGGCUUUAUGAUAAACGAACGCGUGUGUGCUUACACAUGCGUGCUUUCGUUUUUGGAGCUGUUGAGCAUUUACCAGAAUACUGGCUCACUUAGGUCGGCCGCUCACUUCUGGAAGUGUGUGAGGAGUCGUUGAAAUGGCACACGCACACCUGCCCGCCCCGGUGCCUGGCCCAGAGCCGCCCAGCCGGCAGUGGCCACGGGCUGUCAUCCAUCCCUGUCACCGUCGGGGGGAGCAGGACGGUAUGUGCUGAUACCGGACUCCCCCCCUGCAUCGUGGGCUGCCCUAUGCGCCUGGUUAAAGCUGCACGUCUGUAGUCCCAGGAUGUUAAUUUUCAGAGCGUAAAAAUAUUCCACGGCUAGCAAACUGUGGGUCCUCCCCUUUAUUUUGAUAUUUAUGGCUCUUCCCACAGCUCGUUCAGAAGUCGGGCAGAGGCGGGGGAUGGGUGUCCCGAAUGUGGAGGUGGCUGGUCACCCCACCCCCGCCCCCAAACACAAGCCUCGUCUCCAGAUACAAUCCGGGGCUUCGUCUGUUCCCUGAAGUGAAGCCUUUCAGCAGUUUACAGGGACGGCUUCUGCUCACACUCCCUGACUUUUCAACAAAGAUUUGAAACCUUCGGAGAGCUCCGAAAUGAUGCGCACCAGAAAUAGCCCCCCGGGCACAGACAGGGAAGGAGAAGACUUGUGGCUGUGCUGUGGGGAAGGACCCAGGGACCUUGCAGAGCUCAAAGGACACGGCAGGCACGUCGAACUUGAAGGUCGUUUGUCCUCGCGAGAGCCAGGCGUUGUAUCUCCCAGGCCUGUGGCCUAAGAAGUGCCCUGGUCCGGUGAAGGGGAUGGCCUCAGGGUGAUCACAGUCCUCUCUGCUUACACACCCUCAUGUAUUUCUUGUUAUUCUAGUUGAGUACUGCAUUCAGACAGAGGUUGCCAAUAAAGUUUAUUGUAGGAGCAAAGUGUCAAUAUCUGUAGUACCCCCCGCCGAGGGUGCUUGUAAUUAAAAUGCCACAGAUAGUCCGGGAGAGGCAUGAAAAUUUGAUGGCAAAUUGAUUUCAGGUUCAUCUUGAAAUUUGUCCUCAGCUGGACUCGAUACUUCUGGCAGACGUGGGAUGGCUUUUGUCAGGAGGGUCUGCUAGGAUGAGACAGAAAUGUCUUGAUCUGAAUAUUAAAUACAGCAUGCUGUUUAUGACAGAUUAUUCGUUUCGUGCUAAAACACAGGGCUCCUUCUCCUGACACAUUCUUCUCCAUUGAAUGUGUAAGAUGGGAUUGCAUAGAUCCACUUUGCAUAUGAAAAGAAGUUGCAUGAAAAUUUGCCCGGCGCAAGAAAUAAAAGAGUUUUAGGAACACUGGCUUCGAACGCAGGGUAUUCUCUCCAAUAUUCUAAACUUAGAAAUGCUCCUUGCAUCUAAUUUAAGAAAGCUAGAAAAAGAAUGGCGAUCAAGAUAGUGUAAUCAACUAUCACGGCCUUAGAGUGUUUCCUCAGAAUAGCCUGUUACAGAAAAGGGGGAAGAAGCCAUAUACGUGAAAAAAAAAAAAAAAUCCCAACAUUUAAUAAAAUAAAUUGCUGGUUCCUGUAAACUUGCAUUUAUGCAUCACAUUAGAAAAGCCGUUGUCCUUAGGUAUUGUUCAUGCAGAAAUGCACUGUGAUGAUAAUAUAAUUUUAAAGGUAUAUCCGUUCUCGGAAUUCAAUUUGGAAAAGGGUUGAGGGAAGAAUAACGUGGAGUUUUUGAAUGUCUUCAAUUUCAAAAAAUGUGUUGUUCAGUUGAAUUAAAUCUGUUCAGGAAAACCCAUUUUACAAUCUGGAACUAUUUAUUUGGCAAUUAACCGUAUUAACGUUCGAAUCCGAAGCGUGCUUAGAAAUGGGGUUUAAAAAAGCAGCACUCAGACGGAGCGCGUUCAUUCCUUCACACAGCAAACGCGUGCGGAGUCCCUGCGAUGUGCAAAGCGAGGCUGGGUGGCCAGAGAUUUCUAGGUGGGACUUCUGUGAGAACCCCCGCCCCCCCCCCCAUUUCAGGCCAUCACGCCACAACCGCAUCCGUGGCAGACGAUUAAUUUUUGAAACAUCGAAUUAGCCACGUGAAAAUCUGCUCCAGCUGACUUCAAAAUUAGCAAAGGAGGUUUUGUGUCAUUCCUUUGGAAGCACAAUUUUGAAAUGGAACCAGCAACAGUUCCAUCUACCUCCUGAUGCAGCGGUCUGUUUGGAAUCACUUGCUGGAGGGGUCUAGACCUACAUCUUUCUCUGUGUUACAACUCAGGCAGUCAUAAGUACUCAGGCCCAUCAGCAAAAAAGAGCCCAGCAUAUGUUCUCAGGUCAUCAAAGUCGCUCCUUUGCACAUUCAGGAGAUAUUUAUGGAUCUUUUAUUAGGACAGUUUUUAUGGCCCAAGAUUAAAAGUUAAAGUUAAAUAAUAAAAGUAAUGAAGAUGUGCCUUUGGAGGCUUCACCUAGUUUGUGUUUUCACCCGUUUGUCAAGGCCCAUUGAAUUUUGAUGGUAGCAUUAAAGACAAAAAAACAAAAAACCAAAAGGAUGCCCCGAUUCAUUUUUGGAAGGAGACAGGGUAUGAAUGAACAAGUUAAUAAAAUGACUUACACUCCAGAGAUGCUAAUUUAUAUCUUCUCUGUGAGUAUAGGAGACCGUUCUCUUCCAACGUGGCUCCUUUAACAUUCUCAAGAAAUACUGUGGGUAACGUGUGAUAAAAGAUUUAAUUGUUUGGUCCUAGCACCUAAAUGUCAAGAUAGAGCAUCUUCAGACCUAAUCGGUAUGUUUCCGAGAGAAGCAAUCGGUAGAAAAUAAUGCUUCUUGGGGCUCAUCCAAGAGUCUGUUUUAGAUUCUCAAAUAUAUCUUAUUGUGAGGUUGUUCCUUUUGGACGGAGACCUUGGUUCAAAUUCAAAGUGAAGUUUCCCUGUAGGGUGAAUCAAUGAUCCAGUGGAGGCAGUAAAAUAGUACAGCCUGACCUUGCACUUGGGUUGUCUAUUAAUUACACUGACAUUUAUAAUACCGAGAGAGAGUGAAAAAAGAAGCGUUCUGUGGUCAAAACUAUGUCACGGAUGCAGUACUUAUCAGAGCCUUUUAAAUGCAAAUGUGUUUUCUACCUCUCUAAGAAGGGGAAAGAAUGAUAGUAUUUUCCAAACUUAUAUCUCCAUCGUUUGUCACCCACCCCCACCCUUUUUUUUUUUAUUUUAUAUUUUACGGGACAGCCUUAAAUGGAACAUCCAGGGGAUAGAUGAAUAUUGUUUUCCAAACAUCUUACCACUCAGCUUCCACUUUUUUCCCCCAUAUGAUCAUUCUGUGGGACCAGCCGACUUUGGAACAUCCACUGGAAAACUUGCUUUCAGCACAGGACUCUGUUGCUGGUCCCCGUUCACACCACAUUAUCAAGAUGAAUCAUAUGGCACAUUUUUCUCCAUGUAAAAUAUGUGUGUGUGUGUGUGUGUGUGUGUGUGUGUGUGUGUGUAUUUUUAAUUCUGUUAAUGGAAUGACUGACAGUCCCCCAUUCCAUAACAUCACUACAGCAUUUAGCAAGACUCUUCUCUAUUUACAGGUAUCAGACAAAAAGAGUCCUUUUCACAAAUAGCAAUCCAGUCUAUAUUGUAGAGCAUUCUAAAAGGAACUGGUUAUGGUGUCUUUACUACCGCACUUGCUUUGACUUUGUUCUUUAGUAAUUAGAUAAUUACGUAUAAUUAGCACAUUAAUUAUGUGCAACAGCUGCCGUUGAGUGUGUGCGUGUACAACUGCUUGGAAACAGCUUGUGAGUUCACUCUCAGACCUGAGAAAUGUUUCUUCUUGGCGUGUUUUCACUAAUUUCCUUUUUCCAUGUGUGGAGGCAAAGAGCAGUGCAGGGAACUAAAAAGUAACAAGGAUUGUUAGAUAUUAUUAAGUGGAACGAGUGAUUUAAAAAACAACAGGCCCAGGAUAAUUUCCUUGUUAUAUAAAAAUAUGGGCAUAGAAAAUGGAUUUACAUAAAUAACGUUACUGUAAGUUUGCUGCCUGCCUCCCUUUUCUCAACAGGUAUUGAUGAGAUAUCGAUUAUGUGCCACUCACCGUGCUGGUCCUGGAAAUAUAGCGCACAACAAGAUGGCCAUUGUGUUUGAGAAUCAGAGGCAAUUUUGUCAUUUCCAAAAAAAAAAAAAAAAAAAAAAAAAACCUUCCUGUAGUUGACCGCUUCCUGUAAUGAAUUUGUCACUUUCAUAAUUAGAAGGAAAACCGCCUCAAAUCGUGUGGGAAGUUUAAGAUAAUUCCAUAAAAAUCGUAAGGCUAGGCACAUAGUAGGAGCUCAGUAAACACAUACUGAAUUAAAUGCAGUUAUAUUUACAUUUGAAAGCAGCACUGGCAUUAAACACCAGCUCUCUUGAUAUAUCUGUAUCCGUACCUGUAUGUGUACCUGUAGAUCUUCAUGAUUUAUCUGGCCUCUCAUUCAUCUCGCUGGAAGUUCCCCUGGGGAGGGACGAUGAUCUGCACAUGGCCUUUCUCCGAAGACCUCUGUUGACACCACUCAGGCUCCAUCUCUGGUCAGACCCGGUAGUGUUUAGGCAAGGUGGAAGGCGUGCAUGCACCCUAUCACAUCAUGGUGUCUCCCCAUCUCCCCACCCGUCUCCCUCAGCCACCUGCCUUCGCACCUGCCAGACUCCCCCAUGCCUGCACAUUCAGCUCUUCGGUAAUAGAUUCUUCCAUAAAGGUGGCUUUGCAGAGGGCAAAGUAUCCUCCCACAAGUAAGUCAGCACAUUCACUUGAGAGAGAGAGACAGAGACAGAGAGAGACAGACGGAGAGAGAGAGACAGAGAGACAGAGACAGAGAGAGAGAGAGAGAGAGAGAGAGAGAGAGAGAAGAAUAAAACACCAGUCUUGGCAUCCCAGCAAGAUAAAAAGACGCCUGAUGGUGAACCAUCUUUGCCCAGCAGGAAAUUUUUGCUUUGAUAGGCCUCUCUCUCUCCCUCCCUCCCUCCCUCCCUCCCUCCCUCCCUGCCCUCCAACCCCCCUCUCUCUCAUUAAUUUUUUUUUUUACAAAUUAAAUAAUACCAUGUGCUUACCACAAUCUGUGACACCGUGCAAACGAAUAGCAAGAAAACAAGUUCAUGCCAUCGCCCUUUCUUUCUGCAGUCCUCGAGCUGUCCCCGUAGCCCACUGACCAUGGCUAACAGUCCACCAGGAGUUUCUCUGAACUCUUCUGUCCUUUCUCUGCCACCUUUCUCUGAGCUCUUCUGUCCUUAAAGGGACAUCUGCUGCAAAUGUAGGGAAGGUUUUCUGUUUGCCUUUACGAGAACCCUCCCCCGUAUGUACCCUGCAUUGCCUCUUGCUUAUCUCCCUGACCAAUACAUCCCAGACGUCCCUCCAGGUCAGCAGAUAAAGAGCUAACUCAUUUCUUCUAAUAGCUGCAUAAUAUUCCAUAGUGUGGAUAUUCUGUGAUUUACUGCAGUUGGACCUCCAUCUACUUUACAUUCUCAUGUUCAUAGCUUUCUGGACAUUUGGAAGCAUUUGAGAAAAUUGACAUCAUCUCUGUAAACUUACAGACUCCUGUUCCCUCGAGAACGUCCGGAUAUCGAGACUGUCCUGCACACUUGACUUGUAUGUGCACUCGUGUUCCCCAAACGUCGUUCUCCGUCACGUCAUCUCCUCAGAUUCCUCUGUGCCCCUUCCUCCGUGCCUGCAGAAUAUAUAUUUUUUUGCACAGGCAAAAGUCCAGCCGAAAGAAUACUUAUUUAGCAUAAUUUAAACAUGAGGGUUUUCUAAUGCCACUUCCAUUUAAAUAAUUCAAAAAUCCGUUGCAAGGUGUCUGAAUACUCUGGGAAGAGAGCUGUUAAUGGAUAUAUCAUCGAGGCUGAAGACGUGUUCUUCUGUCUGCAGUUGAGAAGUAUGAGGAAAAGAUCGAGAUUAACAUUGUCAUUAUUCGUGUUAUGAUAUCUGAGUUCCCCGCUUGCUGCUUUCUGGAGGCAUGGGUCUGAUUUCUUGAGAAAUAAUUUCACCCCUCUUUAGGAAUGGUGACUUUCAAGGGGUUUUAAUUUUAACUGCAUUAUUUGUUUGCUUUAUGUAUUAUUCGAAGUUAUAUGGGAAAAGUGUUACGUGCGUUUCUUAUUUAUGAAAUCAGGGCAACCGUCCUUCAGAUUUGAAGCAGAGAUCUCAGAAUAUUAAAAUUUUGGACUGCAUCUAUAGCAACGUGAAUGAUUCUUCUGAAAUUGACAUAUCAAGGAGCUUCUCAUCUAUUAUUAAAUUACCUUUUCCUCAAACAAAAUAUUUAUCAGAUGUAACGUGAUACCCAAAUUCCUUUACUUGCCAAACUAGAAGCUAUGACACACACACACACACACACACACACACACACACACACACACACACACCUUCAUUCUUGUAUUCUUGGUUUCCUACUGUAUUUUAACAUUUUAAGCAUCCACCGAAAAGUAAUAGAAUGAGCAAUAGAAAAUCGCCGGAAUUGAAAUUAUUUCCAGCUAUGUUUAAAUAUGAAUGUCUUGUUCGACUCUUAGCAUAUGUAUUUAUGGCUGUGUGAUAUCAUUAUGUCACCAUAAUGAAUGUCUGCUGAAUUAUGUGGGAUUCAACGGGGGAUACAAAUGGAUUUGAAUUCUGUAACUGUCAUGCUGUGGUCCAAAGAGGAUGGAAACUGAAAUAUCCCCCUGCAUUAACACAUCUGUCAAGCGUCCUCAGCACGCUCUGUGAUUCUUGUCUGUUGGAAGUGGAGAAGGUUCGGCUGGAGAAGCCUGUACCCCGAGUACAUGUUGUAACAGGUGUCAAAAGGCAAACACAAGUCACAUUACGGUUCUGCUUAAUUUGCUUUGGGUUUGCUUUACUUUGGAUUAAGAACAGUGUUGUGUAGCUUCCCCCACCCCGCUUCUUGUUCUGAAUGCCUAACUUUAAAUGAAGUGACUAGCAUACCUUAUUAUUUAGUCUUAAUUGUAUUAGUGAGUGAGCAUAUGUGUGCAGAGCGUGGAGACAGAGUGAAAAGGGAAGGAAGAGUCUGGAGUUUGAGUCCCAGUGCCUUCCUUACUAGCUGUCUGCCCUUGAACCAGGUAAUUAGACUUUCCUCAGGUUGCCUGGGAACUGAUAAUAAUAGGUACUUUCCGAUAUUCUUGUAAGAUUCACAUGCAAUAUACAUACAGGGUCUAGAAGUGCCUGUUAAAUAGGAGCUUAAUAUGUGAUACUUGGCAUUGCUGUUUCUGCUGUAGUUAUUGUGAUUCAUGUUAUCUUUAUAUAAAACACAGUUCCUUAGGAGUAAGUUUUCCAUUUUUACACGGUAGAGACUUACCAUUUUAGUAUUAGUGGCACAUGUUUCCUGAGCACCUAGGUUUCAUUCAUUUAAGAGGUAUUUACUGAAUGCCCACUAUGUACCAGGCUCUGUGUCAGACCCUAGGGGGACAGUGGCCGGCUGCAGCUGGCAAGCCCCCACCCUGGCAGGAGUGCUUUGCAGAGAAGUGGAUACGGAUCCCCACUGGCCAGGAAGAAGGAUUCUGGUCAGAAGAUGAGUGUGUCCCUACCUUCAGAGAGAUGUGUCCCUUGCCCGAGUCCAGCAAGGCUUUGGCUUCAAGACAGGACUUCCCUCAAUAGGGCGGCGGUGACGGACUGCGUCCCCGGUGUGGCUGCUUUCAGUGGACACGUUCGCGCUGCUCUGUGGCCUGUGAGUCCUACCUGGCCGUUCCCGAAUGUGGGAAGAGGUCGCUGCACCGAGCAGGCAUCAGCUGACAAUGCUAUCCCUGUCUGCUGUGCUGGGUUUCAAACCACUCAGCAAACUGGUUAAAUCCAAGUUUUGCUUAGUCGUCUUUCCAGUUAAAUCUCAUCAGUUAGAUCAUACGUAGGGUUGUUGUGUCUGAUGUGAGACUGCUCAGCUCUCCUUACUAGCUGUGUGGCUCUUAUGCCUCCAUUGUCUCACCCAUAUAAUGGGGAUCACAGUAUAACGGACCUCAUCAAAUUGUAAGGAUUAAAAGUUUUUUUUGUUUUAAUGCUUAUUUAGUUUUGAGAGAGAGAGAGAGAGAGA